AAUUGCUGCGUACGUACACUACGCGAAUAGAAACCAGUAAUUGUGUCUAUUCCGUUGGUACUGUACCUCCUCAAUGUGACUGAAAGCGUCGAGUGAUAAACAUAUAUUCGUAGUUUUUUCUUUGAAAAUGUUGCUUAAAUGCGCAAAAAAUGCAAUGGAAUUUUAUUUCAUUGUUGUUUAGGUUAUAGAUGGAACUAUAAGUUAAACAAAUUGAAGACGACAUCUGGGACGGUCCUUCAGUUCACGAUGUACAUACUGUACAGUACUGUUACACGUUUCCUCUCCCCGCAUGGACUCUCUCUCUCUCUCUCUAUGUCUCUACCUGACUCUCGUUUACAACUCAUUACCGACUAGACCUCUACGCUGUUCAGUUAUCUAUUUUUUCAGUUUCUAUACAGCCAUGCCUCCGGGUGUCCUUGACAGGACUGUUAUCUCCAGUGCUGCCUUUAACAACCCUGAUGAUCUCUCAGCAGAGGAUUUUGUAGCGCUGUCCGUCAACUCGACAGCUGAUUUCCCUACUGUGCUACUGAACAAUAUCAACUGGAACGGCGGCAUCAUAGGAUGCUUAUCUAUUACUCUCAGCUUGGACAACCUCAGAGUGGCUUCUGCCUCCUUUCACUUACUCGGUUCCCUUUGGACUGAUAAGUCCUUCAGCACUGCCAACUACUGGACCACCUCUACUCCAGCUCAGCUAUUCUUGACCAUCGAGGACCUGACUAUAUUCAAGUUCCCGCCAGGAUCUCUCUGUUCUGCUUACGUGAGCUCCUUGGACCUUGAUUUCCGGUUCACUCAGGGUAACUCUAAUGUUCCAGCAGCUCUCCUGUCUCAAGCUGGUCUUUCAAUUUCAACACUUUUGAUGCUUUGACCGUGUAGUAAAGCAUCCAAAGUGUAAUUUGAAAGCAUCAUAAUCAACAUUUGAAAGCAUCAUAAGCAAGGAGCAAUCAAAUUUGAUGCCUUAAUCACUUUUUUUAAAGAAAAUAUUAACUUCCCAGUCAAAUUAUGACUUCAUAAGCUAAGAAUUAGGAAGCAUUGUUUU